GAUGAUGGGGAGGAAGACGUCGAGGAGUAUAUCAACCAAGAGGAUAUCGAGAUCAUAUACGACGACGAUGCUGACGUCCCCAUGGACGAAGAUGCGGAAAGGGAAGGGGAAGAAGAAGAGCCUGAGCCUACGGAGAACACCUCUGUUGUCUCCUUUGCCCAGCAUGGCAAGUCCGUCUUCUGUGUCAGCAUCCACCCUACCCAACCGCUCGCUGUCUCUGGGGGUGAAGACGACCUCGGGUAUAUCUGGUCACUCCUUACUGGGGAGGUGGUCACCAAGCUCUCGGGACACGAGGAUUCCGUCGUAGCUGCGGAAUGGAGCGCGGAUGGGGAGAUGGUCGCUACAGGGGGCAUGGAUGGGCGUGUGAGGAUCUGGCGCAGGGUGGGGAAGGACGGGUGGGGCAUGUGGGAGUUCUUGACUGAACUCCAGGGGCCGGAUGAGGUCAUGUGGUUGAAGUGGCAUCCCAGAGGACCGGUGUUGCUGGCGGGGAGUAAUGAUAGCACCGUAUGGUUGUGGCAACUCCCGUCGGGAAACACGAUGCAAGUGUUUGCGGGACAUGAAGGCCCGGUACAUACAGGUGCAUUCACUCCCGACGGAAAGCGGAUCGUUACUGCCGACUCGGCGGGUACGCUCAUCGUCUGGGAUCCGCGUUCCCCAACACCGCAGUUCAAGCUCUCCCCUUCCUCUCACUUCCCAUUCGAGAGCGGCAUCACCUCCCUCGCCGUGAACCCCGCGUGCACCCUCGCGGUCGUGGGCGGUGCGGAGGGGGCAGUGCGUAUCGUCAACCUGGGGAAGGGUGAGGUGCUGGGCGGCGUGGAGGGGCAUAGGGAGGGAGAGAGCGUAGAGGCAGUCGAGUUUGUCGAAUUGGUGGGUGCCGGUGUCAGCGCUGGCGGGGUAGUCGUCACCGGUGCUACGGAUGGCAAGGCAUGCGUGUGGGAUGUGGGUACGAUGCGGUUGAGGGUCACUCUGGAGCAUGACGAUGCGGUCACAUCCCUCCAUUCUCACCCUUCCGCUCCCCAUCUGCUCACUUCCGCCUCGGCCGACCGCACACUCAAAACCUGGGACACGCGCACAGGCCAGCUGGUGAAAGAGCACAGAGGCCACCGAGGGCCUAUCAACGCGGCCAGCGUGAGCGCGGACGGGAAGUGGGCUGCGAGUGCUGGUGAUGAGGGCGUGUGCCUCGUUUGGAAUCUGACGCCUUAGAUUGUUCUGUCCUUGUCGCUUAUAUGGAGAUUGGCCCGUGGGGAUUGAAUAAUGAUGAG